UCUCGAAAGUAACAGAUCAUCUUAGAUUUACAUAACCAGCGAAAAAUAAACGUACUUAUAAUUCUCUUUCACUGAGUGACGCCUUGUUGCUUGCUCUCUUCCUCCCCGCCCUCUCUUUGUUGCCGUUGCUUGCUUAUUCUAGGGCUUCACCACCUUUUAUUUCAUUGUUCCUCUCAAUUCCCAUGCACACAUAAAUUUUCUUUAAUUCUAGGGUUUUAUAGGGAUUAUUGGAUGGUUUGUUAGAUAAUAGUUGAAGGUUCUGAGAAUUGAGAAAACGAAAGAUGGCAUCUUCAGAUAAAGAACUGGAACAACAGCUCGUCGAAGCUGGAAACAAGCUUCUUCAGCCUCUUUCUUCGGUUGACGAUGAACUCCUUCUGUUACUCGACGUUUGAGGCUAGUCUUGGCCAAUAGAUCAUUGUCAUGGAGAAAGCGCAGAAAUUUUCUUGUGUUUUACCCUCUAAGUGAGAAGAAUUUCAUGAAAUUAGCUACCUGCCAAUUCCUCUCUUCCUCUCUAGUGGAAGCGCUCUAUAGCCUUUCCUAUCUAUGGUCGAGACAGAGGACCAAACCGUUGCUAGGGUAACACUACUAGUACCCUACCCAGCUAAAAUCCCAACCCUGACUAUCAUCACGCCUUCCCCCGCUGCUGUACUCAGCUGGUUGACCAGAUGCUCAAGAUCUAAACUACAUCCAGGUCUCCAGAAACUUAUAAGAGGACGCAAGUGAUGGUAUUUCAAGAAAAGGUUCCCCUCCUAGUAGCCUUUUGGAUUUGUUGUACUGUCAUUUCCUUUUGGCUUGAUAUAUUAUAAACUUUCGGGAAUGUCAGAAUGUGUCUCAGAGUUCCUUCUCCACACCACCCGUGACUCCUAAAUCUGAUUCAACUUCCACACCCACCUUCAAGGUUUUGGGGCUGAUGAAGUUUUCCGAUCAUUUCCCUCGUCAAGAAAAGAAGUUUUCCUAUCAUUUCAUAAUAUUCCUCCAAAAUCUACACCCAAAAAGGAGUAACUUUUUUAGUCCUCCACCCCCCUUCAAGAACUCCAUACAUUUCCACUAUCACCCCCUUCCAUAAAGCAUGCUCCUCAAUUUCGAAUCUCCAUAAUCGCCCUAAUAGGACCUUGUUUAUAACUCAGUGUUUUUCCCACCCCAAGACCACCUCAUUUUUUUGGAGACGUGACGUCUUCCCAACUGAUUAAAUGGAACUUCUUAACCCCAUGUUCUGAGUCCAUAAGUAGUUCCUUUGGAGCCUUUCAAAUUUGCUGUGACAUUAGUUGGUCCGUGAAACAAUGAUAUAAAGUACGUGCGAAUGCUCAAUAAAGUGCUUGCAGUUAAUACUUCCUUCACCCUUUCGACAUACACCUCAUUUGUCCUCCUGCAUUUUCUCAACUCUCUCAAUCACCAGGUCCCAUGCAGCUUGAUCCUUAUUAACGCCCAAAGGUAAGCCGAGAUAAGUUGUUGGAAAAGGUCCAACCUUGCAACUAAGCAGUGGUGCUAGAUUCUCAAUAUUGUUACUUCACCCGCUGGUCACUUGGGAUGAUCUCGUACUUCUUGAGCUUGAUUUUACGGCUUGACAAUGACUGAGUCAGUCGAGUGGAGUCUUGCCUGUCUAGAGUGGAGCAAUCACCAGCCAUAUCCAUGCAUGAUGCACUUUCUCCGUUAAUUAAGUCAUUAGUAGCAGAUGAACUCCUAAGGCAUUCGGAUGUUGAUGUGAAGGUCGCUGUUGCUUCUUGUGUAUCUGAAAUAACUAGAAUAUCUGCUCCAAACGCUCCAUAUGAUGAUGACAAAAUGAAGGAUGUCUUUCAAUUAAUUGUUUCAUCCUUUGAGAAUUUUCAUGACGAGUGCAGCAGAUCAUAUAGUAAAAGGGCCUUGGUCCUUGAGACUGUGGCCAAGGUCAGGUCAUGUGUGAUCAUGCUUGAUCUAGAAUGCGAUAAGCUCAUAACAGAGAUGUUUCAGCAUUUCCUUAAAGAGAUAAGAGAUUUUCAUUCGGAGGAUAUAUUCACAUAUAUGGCGACGAUAAUGACUGUUGUGUUGGAAGAAAGUGAAGAAGUAACUAUGGAACUGCUUACCCCACUGCUGGCUACUGUAAAAAAGCACAGCAAGGAGGUGACGCCCAUUGCUAAGAAGUUGGUGAAGACAGUAUUUGCAAAUUGUGCACCCAAGCUCAAACCUUACCUGGCACAAGCAGUUGAAUCAUUAGACCUUUCUUUGGAUGAGUACAGCAAAUCCCUGACCUCUGUGUUGGAAGGGACUCAUAUAGCUGUUGAGCUUGGCAAUGACAGUUCCUUAAGAGACCAAUUGGCUGCUGGGAGCAAAGUGGCUAGAAUAUCUUUGGACGAGGCAGGCCAGAUGGCUGAGAGUGUCAGAGAAGAGUCAUGCUCUGAUGACGUUGACCAUGCUGUUAAUAAAUCUUCAAAGUCCAUCACAAGUAAUGGUGUUAGUGAAAGAAACGGGGAAUCUGCUGCUCAAACAGAUUCUUUGAUUAAGGUCGGGAAUCAUGAUACUGGGGAUCUGCAAGAUGCUGCUGCUAAGAUGACAUCGAAGUCUGAUUCUGAUGAUUCAAUGGUUGAGAAGUCAAUGAAAUCAGAGUCUAGGUCAGCACAAGCUGCUAAGGAAAGUGCAAAGAAGGCAAACUCUUUAAUAAACUCAGCUGAAUCUUCUUUUCAAGCUCCUGACGACAAUGAAAAAGAAGCCGAUGGGCUUCCAGAAUGCAGGAAAAAUCAAAAUAGCGAUUCUGAAAGUUCCACUUCUGAUGACCCAGCUUGUGAGGGAUUCAACUCUUUGGAGAAGAAAAUAGAAGCUAACCUUCAGCAUUCUACGCCAAAAGAAUCUGAGGGAGACGCUAUAAAUGUAGCUCCGACAUCUCCAAGUCGGAGCCUUGCUGACGAGUGUGUCGGAAAAAAGGCUGGUCGUGGUCGGCCAAAGAAGAAAAAAAGCUCGAAUAAAAAACAGAGUGUGUCUAAGGAGGUAUCUGAAGGUACAAAAAACUUAGAAGCAAAGCAGGUCAGUCGCCCUUCCAAGGAAGCCCCUUUAGAGCCUUCUCACGAGGAAAAAGAAGAUGGCUCCUCCAGUGACGCGGAGGCAAUAACGCCGAAGCAGUUGGGUAAGAAGAAUGAACCGAGGGUUAAGAGUCAGAGCCAGGAUGGCCCCUCUACGAAAAAGGACGAUGGCAAAAAGCGUGCUCCUGCAAAAGCUAGGCUGGUAGAGAGCACACCUUCACCGGAUUCUCCUGAUAAGCCUGCUAAAGAUGAAGGUAACCAAGAGGAAAUCACAAAGAGUGCAAAGAGAAAACAGUCGUCUGGUAAGGACAGGGCAACAGAGGAUGUGCAAUAUGAUGAAAGCCUGGUUGGUUUAAAAGUUAAAGUUUGGUGGCCACAUGAUCGAUCAUUCUAUGAAGGUGUUAUUAGUGCCUUUGAUUCUGGCAAAAGAAAGCACACUGUUUCAUAUGAUGAUGGAGAAAUAGAAGUAUUAAAUCUCAGAAAGGAACGGUGGGAAUUCAUUCAAGGAGAUGAAGUGUCUGAAGAGGAUCAAAUCGCACGUCCAGAUGUGUCAUCAGUAGUGCAAAAGAAAAAAGGUAGAACAAUUGCUGAAUCAUCAGCGAAGCAUGCCAAAGUGGAGGCUUCACCUAAUAGUAAUCUCAAAGGCAAGUCCACAAAAUCUGGACUUAAAUCCAGGAGUGAAGGUAAAUCUGAUGGGAGAAAUGAGGAUGAUGAGCCUGGCAGUAAAUCGAAGGCCCAACCUCGAAAGAGCACUGGUAAAUCUGUUGACGACGCUGAAAAGGUAUCUGGCAAAUCUAAUAUUGGUAGUAGUACACCUAAAUCCAAGUCUGAGCAAGAAUCCUCAUCAAAGACUGCCACCAAGUCCAAAGGUAAAACUCCUCAAAGUGGCAGCAAGCCUAAUGCCAAUGGCACGGGCAAGGCAAAGUCAAGUUCCUCAAAGGUGAAAGAAACAUCGGACCGAAAAGAAAAGUUAACUGAUCCAGUGAAAACACCUGAAAGCACAAAGGAUAAAUUAUCUGUUGCAUCAAAGGAACAAGUAAGUGAGACAAAAAGUGGAAAAAAGCGAGGCAGAGGGAAACGGUGAAUAUAUGUGAUGCGUCUUUAGGGGAGCUAUUCGGUCUUGCCGUAUGGUUGGUCUUGGGGGACUUGUUGCACAGCUCAUUGAAGGGAGAGUAUGCAUGCCUUUCAUGUUAAUUGUUCUGUGAUGACAGUUCAGGAUCAUGGCUUUGCAAAUAUUGUAGUAGCUUUGUAAUUCUUUUGGUCUGUGAGUAUCCCGAGGGUAGUUUUUCUCUCAAUUUCACUGUAGUAGUAGAUUGAAGUUACAUUAUUAGUUUCUCGUUUCUGGUUAGCAGUUUAGCUUCGGUCGUCGUGGCCUAGAUCACUAAGGUAUCAUAAGCGUUACUGUAUUUAUGGGAUGCAGUUUGAAGUUGCAACAGGUGAAGUUUCUAGUUAGCUAUGUUGACGUCUUUUGGAGCUAGUUAGCUAUGUUGACGUAUCUCGGAGCUAGACAAAAUGAGCCAAGUGACGAGCUUUUCCCUUCUAUUCUAGAGGGUAGAAUAUUAUUGUGGGAGUUUGGUUUCUUCUUCAACGAUAUGGUAAUGGUUUUGACCAACUUUGACAAUACCAUUUGAUGAGCCAUAGGUAAGCAAAAAGCUCAAGCUAACUAUAUGGACUAUAAAAAUGCAACUACGUCUAGUCACAAGAGCAGAGUUAGUUUAAAGGGGUUCGAUAUAAUUUUUUUGUCAAAAGAUUAA